AUGAAAUCAUCAAGUGAUUUUGAACCAAAUAUUUUCGAGUUAGAACCAUCGACAAGAUCACUGUUAGUAUAUCCAGGUGAAGAACGUCAACUGACAUGUCGAAUCUCGAAUCUAGAUGACAAUAUCCGGAUGGAAUGGCUCAAGAACAACGCACCGAUAUUGACGACCACCUCAAAACGACUUCAACUGAACUCAUCAUCCGACAAUCAAACCAAGUCUCUAACAAUAACGUUUCAUCCAGUCGAAUGGGACGAUGAAGGUGACUGGAUUUGUUAUGCUGAGUAUAAAGGUGCUAAUCUUCGUACAAGUGUUCAUUUGAUGCCUAUUUCUGUUAAUACCGAAUAUUGUGUACAGGAAUGGAGAGCAGAUGAGAAAGGCGAAUUAAUUUGGCCAGUUUCGAAAGAAGGUAGAAUCCGAGUGGAUUGUCCUAAUGGACCGUUGCAUGCAUCGGCGUAUCGACAAUGCACACAAGGCAGAUGGUCGGCAGUGGAUUCAAGUGAAUGCGCAAUCGCGUCCACACUUACAAAACAACUCCUGAACGCUUUAUCUCAUUCAAACACAAACCGAUCAAUCGAUGAAUUACUCGAGCUCUUCAAUAAUAUUCCACCAGUCUCUACCGACACCAUGUCGGCAUUCGAAACACGUCUGAUCGGCUGGAUUAUUGGUAAUGCAACUUAUGAAUGUUCAAUGUUAAGAAGUCGUCUACGAUCAGUGAAGCUGAACAAAUUUCAAAAUCGCACUGUCAAAUUCAGAAAUUUAGCAAUAUGUGAGCAUCAUCGUGAUAAGAAACAGUCUGAAUUAGCUUCUUAUCAGAACCCCACUAAUGAGGAUAAGCAUCAGCAACAAUUCGGUUUUAUAUCAGCUUAUUCGAAUGGUCAAUACAAUUGUCAGCAACAAGAAAACGUCGAGUUAUUACCAUCGAAUGGAUUGACAUCGAUACGAAUUCCGUGGCAUACAUUCGCAAUGCUCCUACCCUCGCAGACUGUUCUAAAAGUGAUUUGGUUAUCGAAUACAAGCCUUUUCUCAAGCGCAUAUACAGCCGAUGGCAAAUGGGUGGCGUUGAACGACGUUUAUGGAAUUAUGAUCAAGAGUCAAGUGAAAAAAAAUUCCGAUGAGCAGUUAUUGUCGAGAGAUAAUCGAUCGGAAGUAUUAGCUUUGGCAGCAAUCUCAUUCACAUUCCAUAUUCGUAAUCCAAGUGAACAGAUUGAAUUGGGAAUAUGGCAAGAGAACGAAUGGAAACUGGCAAAGCGAACUGAAUGCUGGUUGCGGCGAGUUGCGCCGCAUUACGUACUAAUUCAGUGUACACGCUCACUUGUCACCUCAAUUCUAUCUCGAAAAACAACUAUCACUUUCUUUACAGUGAUGCAGAAUGCUCAACUUAUCGAUGGACAGUUAGUGAAAUGGAACUACUUUUGGCAAACAAAAAAACGUCAACCAGCAAUUUGA